AUGCAGACGCUUUGGAAGACGGCUGGUCUCGGACGACGCACGCCUUUGCGCUCAGCGCUUUACUCCACGGAGCGCGUGUUCCCUAAUUUCUCGGUCUAUGGCAGCGACGCGGUCUUCCAGGUGUCCCCCAAUGCUCCGCAGUACACCGACGGUGGCACUUACCUAAAGACUAAGCGUAUGGGUGCCAUCAUGCUCUCGUGGGCAAAAGCCACGACCUCUGGCUACAACUACCAGAACAAGACUUUCUUUUCACUGAGUCCAUCCGAGGUUGGAUUGGUGCUGGAGCUGCUGGACUCGCGUAUCCCUGAGCUGUCACUCACGCACUCGCCCAAUAUGAACGCGCCUGAGGAUGAAAAGAACACCAAGUCGCUGCACAUCGCGCGCAUGACAGGAAGUGAUGGGGAUUCUGUGAUCCAGAUUAAGGUCCACCACGAACGUGAAUCCCUUGCCACGCUAAACGUUGGCGAAGCCCGUGUCUUCCGGGAGCUGCUGACUUACUCGCUUCCCCGCUUAUUCGGCUUCCAUUCGGUGCUGGAAGGACCUUUGAACGUUGAAGGUGGGACUAAUGGCGGGUUCUCGCAAGGAAACAGUAACACGUACUCGUCCGGCUCCGCUGGUGGAUACCGCAGCUCGAAUAGCAAGCCUGCUGGUGACUGGCCUUUCUAG